GUCCUACAAAUGUUGCCGUAGCCGAUACACAUCGUAGGUGUGGCAUAAAACUUCGGGUUUUCGAGAUCAUCUGAAGAAUAGGGAGCAAGAAGACAGUCUGGCGAAGACGCUGGUCACUGUCACUGCCCACAUGGCUCGCGUCUUCGUUUAUGGCACUCUGAAGAAAGGCCAGCCCAACUACUUCAGAAUGACAGACAAGAGGAACGGACGUGCUGAGUACUGCUGCAGUGCCCGCACUGUUGAGAAGUUCCCGCUGGUGAUUGCAGGCAAAUACAGCAUCCCCUUCCUGCUGAAUGUCCCUGGUGUGGGCCAGCAGGUCGAGGGGGAGGUUUACAGUGUGGACACCCAGAUGCUGCAGUUUCUGGAUGAGUUUGAGGGUUGUCCUCACAUGUACCAGCGCACGUCAGUGGAGCUGGAGGUGAAACAGUGGGCGGGAGAGAGCACCUCAUCUGGGCAAUCAGCAGAUGCACCGAGAAGAAUGAACGCCUUCGUAUAUAGUACAACCACCUACCAACCUGAGUGGCGAAGCCUCCCCAUCUAUGAAAGUUACGAUGCCUAUGGCAGCCAUGGCCUGGUUUAUGUUAGUCGUGAAUAUAGAGAUUAAAUUAGGGUCAACACCUUAAGCAUUUAGUCCAGUGAUUUUAAAUCUUUAGGUGAUAUAGUAAUUUUUUAAGCCAAGGGCUAUAGAAAAUGACAUAAUGUCAUUGAGUUUCCCUGACAAGUUUUCCAAGUUAAUCUUUAGGAGGUGAAUAAGUUAUGAUUUUCGAAUCCACAAGCUUUGUGUUUUUAGAAUAAUGUUCUACUCGUUGAGCUGAAGGAGCAAUUAUCUUAGUGCUGCUGGAUCUUGGGAUCUUGGGUCUGCUUUCAAUGUCAUAAAUAAAAUGUUCAUGGUUAGAAGCUAACGCAAUUAGUGGUUUAAGGAACUGAGGUGGCCAUAUUCAAGGUCUGAGGCCGUGGUUCAUCUUAGACCAGACACCAGUCCAUCGUUGUACAUAUAAAUGCCCUAUUUAGAGGAAUUCAGAAACGCAUGUCCUACCUGGACUGUUAGAAAUGCCUACAUGCAGCAGCCCAUGCCUUCUUCAAUGUUUAAUACAAAUGAACUGAAGAAGGUGUAUUUACAUGCUCACUUGAUGAGUCAGGCCAGAGCACAGGUUCUACACAGUCAAAUAAGAGAUGCAGCAACAAUACUGAACCCCACGCUUGGGCAGUUAGGACAUGGCAUUAUAAUAAAGGCGUCUUAAGGGGUGGAGAGUUUUUCUCUUGUGUUUUAUGUGCCUGAUGGUGUAAUGAAAGUGUAAUGUCACUAAGGAGGUCGUGGGUGACGGUGACUCCAAGGAAUCUGAAGUUGUUGAUCGUAUCUACAACAUUCACUAUAGUGACGUUAGGACUCUGCACUCAUCACUGCAUAGAUAGAGGGAAGAAUGCCCAUCUUGAGGAUUGUGGUACGUUUUUCUGCUACUUACUGGGCUCCGCAGAUAAAAAAGUGUUGUCCAGUUAUGUUAGUUUCAAUUCUAGGAGCUUUGUGAUGUUUCUGGAUGAGAUACAGAACAUCAUUACCUAUGCCGAAGUGGCUAGAGCCGACAGUAGAAUUUUUGCCAUAUCUAAUUUUGCAUGUUUGUUUUCUAUUGCUGCAUUUCUCUUAAAUUUAUCUCAAACAUAGACACGCCCCUAUUAUUUAUGGGUGAUGAUGAUGUGAUGAUUUAAUGAAAUCUUCAGAAUAUUGCUUCUUAAAAUACUACUGGGUGUCACUUAAAUAUAUGGGACCAUUAUUUACAUACAAAUUGUAAAUCCACUGAAAUCCACUAAAUCUACUGUAAAUCCUCUGCCUUAGUAGUGAUAAAAGAAUAAACACUUGUGUGUUCAUAUAAAACAUUACAUUGUUAGAACGUUAUGUUUUCUUUUUUGAUCUCUCAUGCUUUAUAGAUCCCUUGUAUUCUUUCUAUGUAUGAAAUGUGUAAUUUUUUUAUCCGUCUUUUCUUAAUUUACUGUGACAACGCCGCUUCAGAUCCCAAACCUCUCCUCCGGGGCACUGCAGCCAUUUCAUCUACGUGUUUGUUAAAUUUCACCACCAGAUCAGUUAAGUCAAUGAGGUAUUGAUUAGCCAUAUGAGGUGUGCUAGUGAUCAUAUAAAAGAAUACAUGGGUGUACUGGAUGGCUGCUGUAAGCACUGGGAGAGGUUUUGAAAUGGUAGCACAUUUAUAAAAUAGUUUCACUCAAACCAGUUAAACAUCAUUUUCUUUGACUGCCUAAGACCACUGCACAGUGCUGUAUGUAUUAUCUACUUUGUGAAACAUGCAUAUUCUGUGCCUCCAUCCAUCCAUCCAUCCACCUGUCCAUGUUCUAUAACUUCUUAUCCAUUACAAGGUCCCAGUGUUAGCCUGGAGCCUUUCUCAGAAAGCAUAGGACAGAGGUCAUCUUGGAUGGGAUGCCGUUCUGUCACAGGGAACACACACACAGUCUCAAUCUUUAGGUAAUUAAGUGGACACUGUUGACCUAACUCCAUGUUUUUAGCUUUCUGGAUCAAACUGUAGUGACCAAGGGUGUGGUAUGCAAUCUCAGCAAAUGGUGCAUCCCUCAGCCCUGAAGGUAUAAGGCCCCUUUCAGUCUGCUGAAACUGCUAGUUAGAUGUACUGGAAACUAGUGUUUGUGAACCAUAAGUUAUGACAAGCUUCUCCUGUGCACAACAGCAGAAAAUGUGCCUGAUACAGGCUGUACACUGAAGUCUGAUUAAUAGAUCAUUAGAAAACUGAUUGUGAUCAAGUUGCUUGAUAGAGUGAAACCAUUAUUUGUUGGCUUUAAUGUGCGUCGUUAUUAAAUUGAAAAGCUCUGUUAGGCCAGUAUCUUCGUGUUCUUUUUUUUCUUUUGCUAUGUAAUAUAUCAAAGUGGAGACAUGACUUGUUGAUGUGAUUUUUUUUUUAUCAGUUACCAUGACUGUGAUGAAUAUGUUUUGAAGAUGUGAAAAUGCUGACAUCAAGUAGGGGCGGGGCGGGGGGACCGCCCCCGCAGGUGGUUCAUGGUGCCCUUGGCUUUAGAAUAAUAAAACCACCUCCCUCAGCUAGGCUUGGUAGGGUAGACGUGGUCCUCACAAGCCUCCAAGCAGGCCUGCCCUCGUCUGAGCUGUGAAUUCCCUGUUGUUAUGAUUUAAAACACUAUAUAUUUUUCUAAAGGAGAGAAGCAAAGUCUUGUAUUUAAAAUCAGCGGUGGGAAGGUUCUAGUGAUGAUCUUUGUUUGUUUUCCUCCCAGCUAAUGCAGCUUAGGAACAGGGCGGCGUUCAAAGGGGUUACCGUGGGCACUGGCCGCCUACCUUCUUGUUUUGAAAGCUGCCUGCUUUGCGCCAGCAGCAUAUGGCCUCCAUCCAUAUUAAAAGACAGGUUCAUCUGUCAUAGCAGAAGCUGGACAGUGGAGGACCAGGAGGGCUUAUUUGCUGCCGAAGUGCUUAACUUGCACACGUGGACUCCCUGCUACAGGAGGCGUCUCAAGGUGUCGACUGUGAACGAUGGUGCUCGCGGUUACCGGGUUAUGGCGUACGAUAAGGGAAACGUCUAAGCAUCCUGGAAGGAGCUUUGGGUCAGGCCUGCACAGGCUAAUUAAGGCACAACAUCUGCUGCAUGGAGGCUCCGUGUCAAGAAAUUCAGAGACAUUUAGGCAAUUAAAGGCGAACCGUUUUCUCACUGCUAGAGUAAGCACUAAAUCGGUUUGUAUAUUAGAACAAAUUAAACUAUUCUUCAGGGACUUCUGUUUCAAUAUUAAAAUGCCUCUCUUUGUUCUUGCUCUGACCCUUGAGUUUUUGCCAGAUUUAACAGACGGCUCGAAGGGUAACAAGGGUCCAGCUCCGAAUCACCUGCGGCAAAGCACUACCUAAGGAGGACCAGGACCUGGGAUCCUGCUGGGGAAUCAUGCCCACAUUUUCUCCUUUAGGAUUUUCCAGAUCACAGAAAAGCAAUUAGGCCUUCAACACACAACUGUGUGGCUGUGUCUGCCGUUCAGAACUAGGCUGAAAGCGGUUGGCUAAGGCUCUGAUAGACUUACGUUACUUAAUGGCGCUAGGACAAUGGCUAGGAAUGGCGCAAAAUCCUUU